AUUAUUGAUUGAGGUCAGCUGUCAGCACAUUCAUCGCGAAACAUGGAUUGACAAGCCGAUUUUGCAAUUUCUUUCGAGAUUUCGGUGAUUUUUGCAAUGAUAAUUGGUUUGCAAUAAGUAGAACAGAUUUAGUGCAAAUAAUCCCGUUAUCUUCAGAAUUUGCGAUCGGUGCACAAGAAAACUAAAAGAGUUCAAUCAGUUUAACGCUCGUUCCGUACAUUCGCAAACUUUUUUCUGUUUGGUGAUGGUUUUGGACACUACGGUCAAUCAAUCAGUCGUGAAGAUGUCGGAAAUAAUCCAAAACGCACCAAGCUCCGCUUCAUCAGACAGUGAUUCAACUGAACAAAAAGAAUCAAUGGAAGAUCCAUUCACGUCCACCGGGAUCAUCGAGUGCGAUAUUCCGAAACCUGGAGACGUAAUGACCGAGUGUUGUCCGGCAUCACCAACAACAGUUCCUGCUAAAUCCAACCGGUCCAACUCAUCCGGUUCUCAAAUUCGUUCGCCGAAACCGCGCCGGCAGCGAACAACAUCGGUGAAUCAGAACACAAUCAACUCAAACGAAGCCAUAAUUCGUUCGAACAAUCGUACAAUUUACACUGCCGGUAGACCCCCUUGGUAUAAUUGUGCUGGCCAACAAGUUGAACCGUUCGUAAUUGGAAUUUGUGGUGGAAGCGCGUCAGGAAAAACUACCGUCGCACAAAAGAUAAUAGAAAGUUUGGAUGUGCCGUGGGUCACACUCCUGUCUAUGGAUUGCUUUUACAAAAUCCUGAAUCAGAAACAGCACGAGCAGGCCCUUCGAAAUGAGUAUAAUUUUGACCACCCGGAUGCUUUCGAUAUCGAACUGAUGAAAGAUGUACUACAGCGUCUUAAAGAAGGACGCAAGGUGGAAGUUCCGGUUUAUAAUUUUGUAACCCAUUCGAGAGAAAUACAUACGAAAACCAUGUACGGAGCGAAUGUAAUUAUUUUUGAAGGUAUUCUCACCUUUCACAAUCACGAAAUUCUGAAAAUGUUGGACAUGAAGAUUUUUGUUGACACGGAUUCCGACAUCCGCCUUGCGAGACGCUUGAAGCGAGACAUUCAACAACGUGGUCGUGAUCUGGAAGGAGUUUUGAAACAAUAUUCAACCAUGGUGAAACCGGCAUACAGUAGCUACAUAGCACCCACAAUGGCACAUGCCGACAUCAUUGUCCCACGCGGCUCUAGCAAUGUCGUUGCCAUCCAACUGAUCGUUCAACAUGUUCACACACAGUUGCAAUUGCGAGGAUUUAAAUUACGAGAAGCGUUGGCACACUCUUAUAUUGGGCAACCAAUGCCCGAUUCAUUAAAAUUAUUAUCAAUGACACCUCAAGUAAAAGGUCUACACACCUUUAUUCGUAAUGCAAGUACACCUAGAGAUGAGUUUAUAUUUUACUCAAAACGUUUAAUCAGAUUGGUUCUGGAAUAUGCUCUCAGUCUACUGCCAUUCAAAAAUGUAGAGGUAGACACUCCACAGGGUGUACCAUAUGAAGGUAAACGGAUGGCAUGCCAAAAGAUUUGCGGCGUGUCAAUUUUACGUGCUGGAGAAACCAUGGAGCAAGCAGUCAGUGAUGUCUGCAAACACAUUCGAAUUGGAAAAAUUCUUAUACAGACGAAUCAACUGACAGGCGAACCUGAGUUGUAUUAUUUGCGUUUACCUAAAGACAUCAAAGAUUAUAGAGUAAUAUUGAUGGAUGCAACUGUUGCUACCGGUGCUGCUGCAAUUAUGGCCAUACGGGUGUUGCUUGAUCACGAUGUUCCAGAGGAAAAUAUUAUGCUAGUUUCUUUACUGAUGGCCGAGAUUGGUGUUCACUCUAUAGCAUACGCUUUUCCCAAAGUGCAAAUCGUAACGUCCGCGUUAGAUCCAGAAAUCAAUGAAAAAUUCUAUGUCAUCCCCGGUAUUGGAAACUUUGGAGAUAGAUAUUUCGGUACCGAACCUACUGACACGGAAGUUUUAUAUGAAUAAUUUGUUUAAUCAAAAAUAACUAUGUGAAUAAAAACAUGUAUAAUGUUGGUGCAGAACACAUGACAAACCCCUUCAGCAUCUUCUUUUGCAUCACAUUGAUCGACUACAUCUACCGAUACAUAUUAUGUAAUAAAGUAGCUUUUUCAUUAAAAGACAAAAUUUUACAAAAGCGAAA